CCUUGUACCGGGUCACACAGGUCACGAGGCCGCUGCGAGCCCCAGCAGUCACCCACCCCCCGAGUCACCAGUCAAAAGCGAGUAGAACUGGUACUGGGCGAGGCCACUGUCCCUCCCCUGUCCCUGUCCAGGUGCUGAGAUCCGGGCCCCGCCUUCCCUUCCUGGUCACAUUGUUGGAUUGGCCCCGCCUGGUGACGUUAGCAGUGGCUGGGCUCCAGCACUGGGCGGUGAGUUGAGGGGAGCUUUAGCUGGCCGGCUAAGCAGGAGUUUGGGGUUAGAUACAGAGCGAGUCCGGAGCUCGGAACCUUGUCGGCCGCUCGUCAUAUCGGUGUUGGCCGGAGUUCGUUUGGGGCUGCAAGCGAAGCUCAGGAGAGCAGAAACCUGAUUCCUUAAUGAAUGCAGUGCUUCCUGUGUUCGACAGCGAUGUAUUUAUGAGGAAAAAAAAAAAGAAUACUCUACACGCUCUUGUUUGAGGAUCACGAUUUAGUAAAGUGAGGCCCUCCUUAAGAACAAUGGACGAUGGGAAGCCGGUGUGGGCGCCGCAUCCAACAGAUGGUUUUCAGUUGGGUAAAAUUGUCGAUAUUGGGCCAGACUCUUUAACGAUUGAACCACUUAAUCAGAAGGGGAAGACAUUUUUGGCUCCAAUAAACCAAGUAUUUCCUGCUGAAGAGGACACCAGCAAGCAUGUAGAAGACAAUUGUUCUCUCAUGUAUCUAAAUGAAGCCACUCUUCUUCACAAUAUACAAGUGCGGUACAGUAAAGACAAAAUAUAUACCUACGUGGCCAAUAUCCUUAUUGCAAUAAAUCCAUACUUUGAUGUUCCGAAACUAUAUACUUCAGAACAGAUUAAGCAGUACCAUGGCAAAUCACUGGGAACGCUGCCGCCUCAUGUUUACGCAAUAGCUGAUAAGGCCUUUAGAGACAUGAAAGUUCUAAAGAUGAGUCAGUCUAUUAUUGUGUCUGGAGAAUCAGGUGCAGGGAAGACAGAAAAUACCAAGUUUGUUCUUAGGUAUUUAACAGAGUCCUAUGGAUCAGGACAGGACAUUGAUGAAAGGAUUGUUGAAGCCAACCCCCUGCUGGAAGCAUUUGGAAAUGCAAAGACCGUCCGCAACAACAACAGCAGUCGUUUUGGAAAAUUUGUAGAAAUUCACUUCAACGAGAAGAACUAUGUAGUUGGUGGAUUUGUAUCCCACUAUCUUCUGGAGAAGUCUCGUAUCUGUGUGCAAGGUCAAGAUGAAAGGAAUUACCACAUUUUCUACAGGCUGUGUGCUGGAGCACCGGAGGACAUCCGUCAGAAACUCUUCUUAUGCUCCCCAGAUACUUUCAGGUACCUCAAUCGUGGUUGUACAAGAUAUUUUGCUUCUAAAGACACUGAUAAGCAGAUUCUACAAAACCGCAAGAGUCCUGAGUACUUAAAGCAUGGCGCUCUGAAGGAUCCUCUGCUGGAUGACCAUGGAGAUUUUAAUCGAAUGUGCGUCGCGAUGAAAAAGAUUGGCUUGGACGACACAGAGAAGCUCGAUCUGUUUAGAGUCGUUGCUGGAGUCCUACACCUGGGAAAUAUUGAUUUUGAAGAAGCUGGGAGCACCUCUGGUGGCUGUACCUUGAAAAAGAAAACCAGCGAGUCGUUGCAAUGCUGUGCUAAACUCCUGGGCCUUGAUCAAGAGGAUCUGCAGGUUAGCCUCACUAGCAGGGUGAUGCUCACGACAGCAGGGGGCACCAAAGGCACAGUUAUAAAGGUCCCCCUGAAAGUCCAGCAGGCAGAAAAUGCUCGAGAUGCCCUUGCAAAAGCCAUCUAUAGCCAUCUGUUUGAUCAUGUGGUAAACAGAGUGAACCAGUGCUUUCCCUUUGAGAGAUCAUCCUUCUUCAUUGGAGUUUUAGACAUUGCUGGUUUUGAAUACUUCGAACACAACAGUUUUGAACAGUUUUGUAUCAACUACUGUAAUGAGAAGCUGCAACAGUUCUUUAACGAAAGGAUCCUGAAAGAGGAACAAGAGCUUUAUCAGAAGGAAGGCCUAGGGGUCAAUGAAGUGCACUAUGUGGAUAACCAGGACUGCAUAGAUCUGAUUGAAGCAAAAUUAGUGGGUGUCCUGGAUAUUCUGGAUGAAGAAAACAGGCUCCCUCAGCCAACUGACCAGCACUUUACUUCUGCUGUUCAUCAGAAGCACAAGGACCAUUUCCGGCUUACUAUUCCCAGAAAGUCCAAGCUCACUGUACACAGAAAUAUCCGAGACGAUGAGGGCUUUAUUGUCAGACAUUUUGCUGGAGCUGUUUGCUAUGAAACGACCCAGUUUGUGGAGAAAAAUAACGAUGCUUUGCAUAUGUCCCUUGAAUCUCUAAUAUGUGAAUCCAAGGAUAAAUUUGUCCGAGAGUUAUUUGAAACUGCCAAUAACCACAAAGACUCGAAGCAGAAGACAGGGAAACUUAGCUUCAUCAGCGUGGGCAACAAGUUUAAGACUCAGUUGAAUUUGCUGCUUGAAAAACUGCGUAGCACUGGAUCUAGCUUCAUUCGCUGCAUCAAACCCAAUUUAAAAAUGACAAGUCAUCAGUUUGAAGGAGCACAAAUUUUAUCUCAGCUACAGUGCUCAGGCAUGGUGUCCGUUUUAGACUUAAUGCAGGGUGGCUUUCCUUCUCGAGCAUCCUUUCAUGAACUUUACAAUAUGUACAAGAAAUAUAUGCCUGCAAAGCUGUCUCGAUUGGAUCCAAGACUUUUCUGCAAGGCUCUUUUCAAAGCCUUGGGUUUAAAUGAAAAUGAUUACAAAUUUGGUUUAACUAAGGUGUUUUUCAGGCCUGGCAAAUUUGCAGAAUUCGAUCAGAUCAUGAAAUCUGAUCCAGAUCAUUUAGCUGAGCUGAUUAGACGCGUCAAUCACUGGCUUAUCUGCAGUCGCUGGAAAAAGGUCCAGUGGUGUGCACUUUCCGUUAUCAAAUUAAAAAACAAGAUUCAAUACCGGGCUUCAGCUUGCAUUAAAAUGCAAAAAACUAUUCGAAUGUGGCUGUGCAGAAGGAAACACAAACCACGCAUUGAUGGAAUGGUAAAAGUAAAGACUCUGAAAAAAAGGCUGGAUAAAUUUAAUGAAGUUGUUAAUGCCCUUAAAGAAGGAAAAGCAGAAAUGAACAAACAAGUAAAGGACUUGGAGCUUUCCAUUGAUGCCCUGCUCUCCAAGAUAAAGAACACUAUAAUGACCCGGGAGCAGAUAGAACGAGAAUAUGAUAAUCUGGUCAAAAGCUCUGGUCAACUACUUAACUCUUUGCAAAAGAGAAAGAAAGAAGAAGAAGAAGCUGAACGUUUGCGCAAAAUUCAAGAGGAAAUGGAAAGGGAGAGGAAAAGGCAUGAGGCUAAAGAGGAACUUCGAAGGAAAGAAGAAAAUGAGAGGCGUCUAAAAGCUGAGAUUGAAGCAAAAAGAAAACAAGAAGAAGAAGAAAGGAAAAAAAGGGAAGAAGAAGAAAAGCAAAUUCAGGUUGAAGUGGAGAUGCAGCUGGCUCGUGAUCGGCAGGAAGAAUCUCAGCAGCAGGUGAUCCUUGAACAAGAACGAAGGGAUCGGGAGCUUGCCAUGAGAAUUGCACAGAACGAGGCAGAGCUGAUCAACGAGGAAGGACCAGAUUCAGCAUUGCGCAGCCUUACAGUUGAAGUCGCGCAACCAUCUCCAGUUAACUUCAAAGCUGGUCAAGAGAAAACCAAACUGACAAUGGAAGAAAUGGCCAAAGAAAUGACAGAGAUUCUGUCUAGGGGUGGGCAAGUCCAAGCUACAAAAUCUGCUGCAUCUGUCAAAAAACAAGAUUUAAGCAAGUGGAAAUAUGCAGAGCUACGAGAUGCAAUCAAUACUUCAUGCGAUAUUGAACUCCUGGCAGCAUGUAGAGAAGAGUUCCACAGGAGACUGAAGGUUUAUCAUGCUUGGAAAUCCAAGAACAAGAAAAGGAAUGAAGAGACAGAACAGCGUGCCCCCAAAUCUGUCACUGACUAUGAUUUUGCUCCAUUCAUGAACAACACACCCCAACAGAACCCGGUAGUACAACUUCCUGCUAGGCAACAGGAGAUCGAAAUGAACAGGCAGCAGCGCUACUUCCGUAUUCCCUUUAUCCGUCCUGCUGACCAAUACAAGGAUCCGCAGAACAAGAAGAAAGGGUGGUGGUAUGCGCAUUUUGAUGGUACCUGGAUAGCUCGCCAGAUGGAACUUCAUCCAGACAAGCCUCCAAUUUUGCUGGUAGCUGGGAAAGACGAUAUGGAGAUGUGUGAACUGAAUCUUGAAGAAACUGGAUUAACAAGAAAAAGGGGCGCUGAGAUUUUACCUCGACAAUUUGAAGAGAUUUGGGAGCGCUGUGGAGGAAUUCAGUACCUGAGCAAUGCGAUUGAAAGUAGACAAGCACGGCCAACAUACGCUACAGCAAUGCUGCAGAACCUACUGAAAUAGUUCUCAAUAAAUGGAUAUUAGUUACUAUCUUGCAGCUGACAAGAAGGGAAUCAGGCCUCUGCAAGAGGAGCUAAACAUUCCAUGAUCUUGUAAUAGAGAGUUUUAUUAUAAAGUGAACAGGUUUCAUUAAUUGUGGGGCGUCAUUAAUUUGUAUUUUAGAUGUUUUACUUUGGUGUCGUAGUAGUUUAAAUAGUGAAGUGGCCCUUGCAGGCACUUUUCAGUCCAGUAUAGACUGUUUUAUUU